UGAAGCGUCCUUGGUCUCAGGCCUGUUGAAGUGACUCUGCCUACCCCUCUGCCCGUCUUGUCCCUGGGCUGUACCCAGAUCAGGCCUGGGAGGCCAGAGAAGGCCGCCUGACCUUCCACUCUGCCUUGUUUGUAUUAGGGUGAAGACACCCCGAAUACCACUUCCACGGUCAGGCCCCGACAUGCCAGUCCUUGCAAGGUAAAAACCAAUGGGAGCCUCGUCUUCUACAGGUAGGCCGGAUGCAGGAGGACACAGCUCACUUUAUAGUUUGUCCUGUAGGAGAGGUCAUAUUGCACCCAUCUGUGUGCCUCGUGGUGGAACAACUGUUUGACCCAUUCAAAGGGAAGGAUGAAAGUUCUGCGUAGGAACACGGCGUGAAUGGAAGAGGCUUGUCAUUAUGCAAACCAUACGGCACUCUGAACAGACACUGAGAACAGCUCUCAUCUCAAAGACCCCAGCGCUUGUGUUGCAGUAUGAGAACUUAGAUGCUGGGGAACGGCGCUUGAUGAACGAAGCCUUUCAGCCAAACAGUGCUCUCUUUGAACCUAUUACCUUGCAUUCGCAGUCAGAUUGGAUUACCUCCCAUCCCGAGGCCCCUCAGGACUUUGAACAGUUUUUCAAUGAUGCUAAAAGAAAGACACCAUCUCCAGAGAAAUGCAAUAUCUAUAUACAGUCUAUUGGCUCUCUUGGGAACACCAGAAUUAUCAGUGAAGAAUAUAUUAAAUGGCUUAAGGGCUACUGUGAAGCAUUUUUCUAUGGCUUGACAGUAAAACUCCUAGAACCCAUUCCUGUUUCUGCAACGAGAUGUUCCUUCAGGGUCAAUGAUAACACAAAAAACCUACAAAUUCAUGCAGGGGACAUCCUGAAUUUCUUAAAAAGGAAGAAGCCAGAAAAUGCCUUCUGUGUUGUGGGGAUAACAAUGAUUGAUCUUUACCCAAGAGACUCCUGGAAUUUUGUCUUUGGACAAGCCUCUUUGACAGAUGGUGUGGGGAUAUUCAGCUUUGCCAGGUAUGGCAGUGAUUUUUAUAGCUCCCACUACGAAGGCAAAGUGAAGAAGCUGGAGAAAUCAUCUUCAAGUGAAUAUUCAGUUUUUGAUAACUAUUAUAUUCCUGAAAUCACUAGUAUUUUUCUGCUUCGAUCCUGUAAGACUUUAACCCAUGAGAUUGGACACAUCUUUGGAAUGCGACACUGCCAGUGGCUCUCAUGCCUGAUGCAAGGCUCCAACCACCUGGAAGAAGCUGACCGGCGCCCUCCAAACCUUUGUCCCAUCUGUUUACGCAAGUUGCAGUGCGCCAUUGGCUUCAACAUAGUAGAAAGAUACAAAGCGUUGUUGAGGUGGAUCGAUGAUGAAUCUUCUGACAUACCUGGAAUAACGUCGAAACAUAGUCGCGAGGGGAAUGUGCAUUUGCCAAAACGUGCGGAAGCCUUUAAGGAGUGGAAAGAGUGGAUAAUUAAAUGCCUUGCUGUUCUCCAAAAAUAAGGACCUUCAAAUAGGAGUAAUUAAAAUAAAAUACUUGCAUAUUAUGCUUUCAUUUUGGUGGAGUACCUCAUUGGAAUAAACUAAGUGCCUACUGAUAGUGCACUGUCAAAGUAACAGAAUAGAGCCCUCUGUAAAGCACCUGAACUUUGAAAUGGGGGCUUAUUUUGAAUAAUUAAAACUAUAUAUGCUUUAUC